CCUGAAUAAAAACCAUAUCAUAAGUUUGCUAUUCUCAAGUAGGGGUUGCCUCAGCUACGGCACUGUCUACUAAGAUAAAACUAAAAAAUUAGACCACCGCAUCACGGCUGUUGAAUUUCGCCAGGGAGGUCGUUAACAUUAUCAUUUUUAGAAAGUUGUGUAAUAUAGAGGGAGAAAAUCGUCUACAAGAUGUCUCUCGCCAAAUCGCUGUUCGAGUUUUCAGUCUCAAUUUGAAAAAUUGCGGUUUUCAGCGGAGGAAAGUAAAAUGCGAAAACAGUUUCUAGGGAAUUUCGCAGUGAUAAUGGGAAAUGUUUUAACUACCAUUCGUAGUUUAGCGGCAACUUCAGACAUGGCAGCACCGGUAGUAAUUGCAGCAAGUGGAAAUCAAACUGGAACUCUUAUAUUUCUUCACGGCUUAGGCGACACUGGACAUGGAUGGGCAAGUGCAAUUGCCGGCAUACGGCCUCAGAGUGUCAAGGUGAUUUGCCCGACAGCACCUACGAUGCCCGUCACUCUAAAUGCCGGUUUUCGCAUGCCCAGCUGGUUCGACUUGAAAGCUCUCGACGUUGGGAGCGCCGAAGACGACGAAGGUAUUUUACAAGCGUCGCAAAACAUUCAUUCCAUGAUAGAAUCGGAAGUAAAAAGUGGAAUACCACCGAACAGAAUCGUACUAGGCGGUUUCUCGCAGGGAGGUGCGUUAGCUUUAUACUCGGCCUUAACCUACCCUGAAAAACUGGCGGGCGUCGUCGCUCUAUCCUGCUGGUUGCCCUUACGCAAAAACUUUCCGGCCGCCCAAAAGUGUCCCAACGAUUUACCUGUGCUUCAAUGCCACGGCGACUGUGAUCCAGUAGUUCCCUACAAGUGGGGCCAAAUGACAGCUUCGUUAUUAAAGAAUCUCGUGAAGGGCCCCGAAUUUAAAUCGUAUCGUGGCUUAAUGCAUACUUCGUCGGACGACGAGUUACAGGAUGUUAAAGAGUUUAUUCAUCGAAAUAUAGCUAGUCAAUAGGUAUAACAUCGAUUUAUUUUUGGAAUUAUAAAGCUGUAAUUGGGCCAACCUGAGAUAAGGAUGUCAUUACAACUUACAAGUUUUGAAAUCCACUUCGAGUAGCUGUCGAUAUACAGUAUAGUGCAUUGGCGCCGGAAAGGGGCGAAAUAACCACCAAGACAGAUUUCAUCCACUUGCUUGUGUAAAAAGCUACAAACGAUACACGCACCAGAAAGGCUGUGGGACAUAAAGAACAACCAUCUACAAAUUUGGAAUUUUUGUUAAUUAUGAAAUCAAUUAAUGAGAUUGAGAUCGAAGUGAUUUUCCCUCAGAGCAAGAAUACUCAGGAUGUUCCUAACAGGAAAAUUAUAUAUAUAUGUCACCCUUAUGUACAGGAUGAGUAAAUUUUCGCAGAACGGUCUA